ACAUCACGAUUGUUUUUUCUUUUACUUCUAUAGAACUUCAAUGGGAAUGAAAAAUACAAUACAAAGUGUGAUGUGUUUAGCUUUGGAAUCAUAUUUUGGGAAGUUAUGUCAAGGAAGAAGCCAUUUUACGAAUUUAAUGAAAUGCCUCCAUUGGCAAUCCAAAAAAAAAUAAUUGAAGAUAAGCGUCCGAAUUUAAAUGACAUUAUUUACAAGAAUUGUGAUUGGGUUAAGCCAAUAAUAAAAAAAUGCUGGGAUCAUGAUCCAGAAAAGCGGGCAACGAUGAAAGAGUUAUGUGAUUUUCUCCCGAAUUAUGACAUAUACAUAUUUUUUAACGAGAUCCAAUUUGGGAAAGUGAUGCAGCUUAGAGGAAUUACUGAUUUUUGCACAGCAAUUUGGAAAAACAAAAAAAUGGUUGUACACAAAAUUAAAGACUAUUUUGAAGAAGACGAAAAAUCUUUCUUCAAAGAAAUUCGUAAUUUCAAAAGGUUGAACCAUCCAAAUAUUGUUACAUUAUAUGGUGCCUCCAAAUAUCCCGACAAUCGCUUAUGCGUACUUUCUGAGUUUGCAGAUUGUGGCUCACUUUAUGAUUGUAUACGUGAUGAUGAUUACAAGAUUUCAUACUAUCAGAUACUGCGUUGGAUGUUGCAAUGUGCCAAGGCUUUGAAGUACUUGCACAGCAAACAAAUAGUCCAUCGAUCUCUAAGUUCGCCCAAUUUAUUACUAUUCGAUAAGUAUCGUGUAUUAAAAAUAAGUAAUAUUCUUCAAGUGAAGAAAUUUUGGAUGGUGCCAGAUGCCUAUUUGGCUCCAGAAUACUGGGAUACUAAUGGAAAAUUUACAGAAAAGGGUAAUAUAUUUAGCUUAGCCAUUAUUUUUUUGGAAGUAAUGACGAGGAAAAAGCCGUUUGAACUAUAUAGAGUUAUGGAGAUAUUUUCAGUCGCACAUAAUCUAAAAAAUGAUGAUUUUUUAGAUUUGAUUCACAUGGAAAUAAACGAGUCAGAUCGUAUAAUGCAAAUAAUAAAAAAGUGCUUAAAUCGAAAUCCAGAAAAUAGACCAACUAUGAAACGAUUUGUGUCUUUUCUCGGAUGCGAUUAUAGGCUUUGCAUUAAUGUGGACCAUGUUGACUUGGGAUUCACGACACUUACUGACUCUACCUGUGAGACGCUUUGCACAGCAUUGUGGAGACGUUCUGAAUCAAAUGGUUUAGUAAAACAUGAUUUUGAUACUGAUUUAUUAACGACAAAGGUGGCACUAAAAGAAAUUGACUGCAAUAAGAAAAUGAGAUGGGAAAUUCUGAGAGAAGUCCCCAAGAUUUUAGGUCUAGCUCAUGAGAAUAUUGCUACAUUAUACGGAGUUUCUUUAAAUUAUUUGAAUAAAAUUUGCAUGGUUGUCGAGUAUGCAAAAUGUAGAACAGUCUACCAUUUGCUGCAUUGUCGUAAGUAUAAAAGGAUCUUAUUCCGGGAGAAGCUGAAUUGGAUACAGCAAUGUGCCAAGGGUUUGGAGUACUUGCAUGGAAAAAACAUAAUCCAUCGGGGUCUUACAACUCGAAGUUUGUUACUUUUCGAUAAUUGUCGUAAAUUAAAAAUAGCUGAUUUCGGAAAAAUGAAUGAAGUUGAAAUAAUUAGAACUGAUUUCAUGUGUUGCUACUUGGCUCCAGAAGUUUGCAUGGAAAAAAAAAACUUUACAGAAAAGUCGGAUGUUUUUAGCUUCGGUAUAAUUUUUUGGGAAGUGAUCCAACGAGAGAAGCCAUUUUGCGACAGGGAUUUGCAUGACAUCAGUGAAUAUAUAAAAAGAGGUAUUCGACCGGAUAUUUAUAAUUUGAUCAAUGACGAUUAUAGAGGUAUAGUACCGAUAAUGGAAUGUUGUUGGCGCCAAUCCUCAACAGAUCGUCCAACAAUGAGUGAAGUGCGUCGCGAUUUAAAUUAUUCAAUUAAGCGCUAUGACCAUCAAUCAAAUUGCUGCAUAAGUUAGAACGAAAUUAUUAUUAAGCAAUAACAAAUUAUAUUAUAUCAGAAUAAUACAGAUUAUGUUGACCCUUUA